GGGUGGAUUUUCCGUUUUCGGUGGAGGAACGAGUCUUUUGUUCUUGGAAGAUUUGUGUUGGGUUCCCCAACUUUUGGAGUACGGUUCCGACGAAGACAGUAAUACACUAGUUGUUUUGGAAAAUGGUCAACUUGUUAUACACUGACGAGGGAAGAAACUUGUUGAAAGGAUAUCAGCUCAUCCUAUAUGUGGCUAUGUUGGCAUUUUCGGCCACUAUUUUGGGUUUAAUGGGUAAUCCUAUGUUCAACUUGUUUCUAAUUGCAAACACAUAUAAACAUCCUGAUCCUGACCAGCCCUUUGUACCCAUCGAUAAAGUGACGAAUGUCACUUUCUAUGAAUCACUCUCCUUCUGUGCUUGGGGAGUUACAGGAGACAGAACUCGUGGCAUGCAUUCCACUUGUAGAUGGGUCAUUGCUUUGGCUUCCGUUGGUCUAUUCUUUCAGUUCAUUACUCUCAUCUUCCAUCUUAUCUCACAGUUGGCAAGGAUACCCUUUGACUGGGCAGUUGAAGGAAUUGUCAACUUUUUCAUGAUGUGGUGGUGGUUUGCUGGAGCUCUUAGUGUGAUGAUAUCCAAACCCACUGCCUACUUUCAAAGACGUUAUGAUUUUGGUUGGGAAGUGAGUACCAUUGCUGCAUUUACUUGGAGGAACUUGGGCUUUCAUUUUAUUGAAAUUUACUUGUCGAUUCUAACGAAAUACGUUGGAAAGCGCAAGUUGAUUCAGACAGAAGAUGAAGAAGAAGCAGAUUACGAAGGCUCCGAUGCGCAUUCUGCCAAGUCUCCCAAGAGUGUGUAAGACUUUAAGUUUGCUUUCUUACUGUGGUUAUAUUUGCUUGUUGGAUAAUAAAUGAGCUGAUUUUGUG